GAAAAGCUAACGAUCUUUCUUAGAAUUGAAUUUUAUGAUAUCUUCCUUAAGAGAUAGAGAAAAUUUAACCGCUUCAGUUCUCGUCGCUGUAUCUGAAAAUCUUAGUUCGCCGACGUGUAGUGUAUGCUAUCUUCGACACUGUUUAGGCUGCCUAAUUAUGCUCGUAAAAGUUAGGUGUAAAUUGCUGAAUGGAAUAAAACAUUUACAAUUGUUUUUAAUUUCAGUAAUCAGUUGUUAAGGCGUUAGACAUCCAAGUACAGCCGGGCUCAAAUAAUCUCCGAGUAAAUGCUGUUUCUUGAACAUUAUGGAUGUUUCUUCAUUUCUCAGCCAGAGUACUAAAAUUAAAAAACCGUCAACAUUAAGACGACCCACAUACGAACCAAAAGUGAAGUACGUAAACAAACAGACAGCGAUUGCAAUCGCAAAGAAAUUAAGGCUGUCUAAAAUUGGUAAUGUAACAUUACGCAUCACAAGUAAACAAGAUUUGGGAUCUGAUGUAAGACAGGCGAAUUUAAGAAAAGCAAAGCCUACGUCAAGGAGAAUGAUUUUAGAUCGGAACAAAGGUGUAACGACUGCGAAGAAUACUGGAAGUAGUGCUGUUGGAAAAUGCAUUUUAGGUCCUAAUGAUUAUGAAAGUAGGCGGCUAUCUAGGAAUCACGACGGAAUAGAUGAAAUUAAGGAGCAGAAACGCAAACAUUUUGUUCAGAAGAAGCGAGGUUUUGCACAGCGACAACUAACGAAACUACUAGAGGAUCACGAACAGUGUCAAAAUAACUACUCAACAAAAAACCAAACGGAAAACGACAACGAAGGAGGGGGUAAGAAAUCAGGUCCCCACUACAUGUACCCAUUAAAUUGUAACAAGAAAAUGCCAGUUGAUCGUACUAUAACUGAAGUAAAUCGCUUCAUUGCAGGAAAUGCAAGCCUGCAGUUGCGAGAUGGUCAAGGAGGCUUCGGUGACGAUACGACCACAACAUCUACGUUGAAACCUGUCAAAAAAUACAAUUCUUCGGAAGAGCAAAGAUCAGUUAAGUUUAACUUACGGCAGCCAACGCGGAAAAACCUAUUACCGAAUGAAAGUAACUCGGUUAUUAAAGCGACUGCAAAAGAAAGAGUUUAUAAUAUACAAGAACGUGUUCCUCAAAACCGAGGUUCACUCACAGACUGUCGGGCAACUACAAAUUUUGAUAGAUUAACAUCAAAUACGGAUCAUAAUACAUCUGAUAAAGAUACAUUUGCCAAUCAGAGCUCAUCGAAGGUUAAUAAUCCAUCAAUAACAUCAAAACACCAGAUUCUUACCAACAAUAUUUUAAAACAGAAAAUUAUUCGCCAAGAUGUUCCGAAAAGUAUUAGAACACAACACCCGAGUGAAUCCGAAACGGAUUCAAGGAUAUUAAAGUGCCGAACUGAAUCACGAACGACGAAAUCGAUAGUAAAACAACUUAUGGAUUUGAAGAAGACAGAAAAGAAACCAAAAUUCCAAAGAACCUCAAACAAUAUUGUAACACAAAAUGGAGGCUCUAACAAAGUGGUAUUGGAUCCAGCAAAAGAUUCGCGUUUUAAUAACUUGGCAUCUUCUCUAAUACCAGAUUCAGCCAAAUCACAUGACUUGUAUCGGUCAAUGGGACGACUUUCAUUGGACAACGAAUUUUUUAAUCAGCUUCCAACAAUUGAUAAACCACAGCUUAUAUUUCUAAAUGACAUUCAAUAUCAACGGCAUCAUCAAUGGGAAAAUCGACUACAUACGACUUAAUAAUCUCCUUUUGUGUGGAUAUGCAUAUUAGGCCUAUAUUAUAUAUAUACCGCCAAAUGCUCGAAUAAGCGCCGCUCUAGAAUAAGCGCAGCACCAAACGUGAUUUUUUUUAAAGUUAAGCGCCGCUCUCGAAUAAGCGCCGCGGCGAUUAAUCGAGAGUAUUACCCUGUGUGUAAUCAUGGAGAUAUUAUUGAAUAAUACCUCCAUGGUGUAA